AUGCUCCACCAAGGCCAAGGAGCCACACACACUUUGAUGAAGAAGAGGAAGAAGAGGAGCCGCAAGCUCGAUCGAGUGAGGAACCCAGUCGAGUGGAGUGCUCCUGAUGGCCGUCUACCAUCUCCAGACCACGACCUUGCCUCCCAGUUCUUUGGGGGCACUGAGGCUAAGUUUGGGGGUGCCAACUCGAGCUCGAUCGAGUUGGGUGUAAAAACCAGAAAAGUGGUCUUUUGGAGCAUUCUGGAGCAUAUGGGACGUGAGGAGCAUGGAGGGACUUGGCGCAUGGACGCAGCUCAACUGGAUACGCAAAGGAAGAAGGAGGAAGCCAUCUUGAAGACCAGCUCGACCAUCUACUCGACCAACCGGUCGAGUUCCUCAACUCGACCGGCCAAGCUUCAACUCGAUCGAGCUGGAAGUCAAAGUCAAACCCGAAAAAUGUUGCUUCCCCCUUGA